GCCGACCACGACCGCGUGUUCUCGUUCUGCAAGCACGACAUCCAUAUCUCCGUACCGAUCCUAGACCUAGAUUUUGCUUUCCGGCGACACGUCCGACCUGAUCUCCUCGGACUUGCACCUGCAGCGCCUCCAUGAAUCUCCCUACUCAUAGCUCUAGCCACGGCUCAGAGUCCCCCGAACUUGCCCCGCCGCCGCCGCCACCGCCGACCGUCGCAGGAAAGGAGGCCCAGAAUGGCGUCGUGGACGCGGGGUUGAGGAGCCAACACCACUGUACGUUUAUCUGCCCAUUGCUGCCGCUCAUUGCCUCCUACAUGGUGGGAUACUCUCUGGACGGGUUGGCAUGCCCCUCAAUUGUGGACAGAGUUAGGAAAGCCACAAUGCUAUCGGUCGCAAACGCUGCCGCCGUGUUGGCCCGAGACUCGCGCAUUUGCUCCCCGCCUCUCCCUCCUGCUGCGCUCAGUGACUGUGACCUCCAGCAGAAUAUUGCGGAAGAUGGGAGGCGAGCCCUCCCAAAAUGGCGAUAUGCUCUACGAGAGAGCGUGCUCCCGCUGGUGCGGUGGGAAACCCCCUACCUCGCCGCCAUACAGUCCAAGAUGCGCACCCCGGCUCUCGACACCUAUUUUGCCGUGACGGCCAAUCUUGGGACACACACGUUCUUUAUGGUCGGGCUGCCCAUCAUCAUAUGGUGUGGCUUCAUGGACUUUGGUAAAGGGCUUAUUCACAUUCUCGCGUUCGGCGUCUUCUUCACUGGCUUUGUCAAGGACUUCUUCUCCCUCCCAAGACCGCUCUCGCCGCCCCUACAACGCAUCACCAUGUCAAGCCAUGUCGCGCUGGAGUACGGAUUCCCGUCGACGCACUCUACCAACGCUGUCUCGGUCGCCGUCUACGCCCUCUUGGUCCUACGCAGCGAGGCCAACAUCUUCUCGCUAACAACGACUCUGGCUCUCGAGGCCCUCUCUAUUUUUUACGCCAUAUCCAUCGUCUUUGGCCGUUUAUAUUGUGGCAUGCACGGGUUCUUGGAUGUCACUGUGGGGUCACUGAUGGGCGCCGUCAUAUCAGUCAUCGAGUUCUACUACGUGCCGGCCAUGGACACCUGGAUCAAAUCGAGCAGCUAUCUUGCCCCGCUGACAGUGGCGCUCGUCGUCUGCAUCCUGGUACGCAUCCACCCCGAGCCGGCGGACGACUGCCCCUGCUUCGACGACAGCGUCGCCUUCGCCGGCGUCGUGAUCGGGCUCGAGUUCGGCUUCUGGCACCUCUCGCGCACCAAGUGGGACGCCGUCUACAACGGCCCCGACGCCACCUUCGACCUGUCGGCCCUCGGGUGGAAGUUCGGCAUAGCGCGCGUCUUCUUCGGCGUCUUCCUCAUCUUCGCCUGGCGCGAGGCCAUGAAGCCGGCGCUGCUGCGCCUCCUGCCGCACCUCUUCCGUGUCAUCGAGACGCAGGGCCUGGCGCUGCCCCGCCGCUUCUUCGUGCCCGCCUCCGAAUACAAGGACGUGCCGCUGCACAUGGGCGACGACAACGUGCUGCCCAACGUCAGUGACAUCCCCAAGCUGGUGCGCAGCAUCCGCGGGCCGGGCCGCGGUAGGGCCGUGAGCAUCGGCCCCCAGAGCGCCGCCGACGCGUACGAGACGCUGGCCUACCGGGAGCGCCGCCGCCGCGAGAGCCUCGGCAGCGACGGCGGGAGCAGGGUGCGCCACCAGCGCAGCCUGGCGGGGCUGCGCGAGGACGCCGCCGCCCAGGACAGGAACGUCGUCGAGGCCAUCGAGGCCCAGGACCAGGCCGGCAAGUGCUCCCAGGCGUCGGGCGUGCAGAGCAGCGGCCGCAGUCACGGCGUUGCCGAGUACGAGCAGAAGAUGGGCAAGGGCACGAUCAUGGUGGAUCACCCAGCUGUCGCCGCAGCGAGAAGUGCCAGGGAGGACAGCGUCGAAGCCGAGCCAGAUCUAUCCCCGCUAGAGCAGCAAGACAAGAUUGGCGAGAAGGAGAUGUUCUCGAUGCUGGUGAAGCCGAGAGUCAGGUAUGACGUCGAGGUGGUGACUAAGCUGGUUGUUUAUGCAGGCAUCGCAAUGCUGGCAGUGGAUUUAAUUCUUAUAGCCUUCGAGUUUGUAGGCCUGGGCGCGGUAGCUUCUGUUGGCGCGCGGUGAUAUUAAGUAAUAACCUAUCUAUACAGGAGGGGUCGCAUGGGAUGCCUAGGUAAUUGGGAGAUCGGUUUGGCUGGUUGGGGAUUUAAAUAUCCAAUUGUAAACAUUUCUUUUGGUGUAUGUUCGCCCUUUUUCUUUGGCCGCUUGUGGCCGUUCGAGCGGAGCACGAGACGAGAGUGUUCUUGUUGCCAUGCUGCGAACAAGAGGGAGAUAUUUUGAUGAUAGUCACGAAUGCAAAUAAGAUGAUAUAUGGCUGGCACUGCCGUGUGUUUUGAAGGGGAACUGACCGUGGAAUGGA